AUGGAAUUGUCUUAUCAUCAACCCUAUUCCCAUCAAACUCGUUUUAAAGUGAUUCAUUCAACCACGACAUUAAUUAAGCUACCAAAAACAAUACCUAAUAUAUCAAUAGUCAAUCGGCCUACAUCACAAUUUAAACUGAUACGUCAUGCAGCUAAACAAGAGAAAAUAAUCAAUCCUCAAAAGCCAACAAUUAUACGAGCAAAAAGUAUUGAUAAACCAUCGGCAAUAAUUGCGAAAAGUAUUGGAAAUAAAUACAAAUGGAUGAGAACUAGUUUAAAAUACAGAGAUAGUAACAGUUUUAAACUUGAUCAUCGAAAAGUCUUAUCUCCUAGUUUGCGAAAUGGACGCGUGUCAAAACGUAAACCUCGUGCAUCAUUAUCGAAAUGUCUUGUACGUAUUCGUGGUGUUAAGUUUCAUACUAAUCCAAAUGGCAAAUGUCUUCAACGUUUAACUUCAGAUUCUGAUACUAGCAAAAUUUUAUCCUCAUCGAUCCCGAUAAAAAAAGUUGAACGUCCAACCAUAGCGAGAGCGAAUAUUCUCUUACAACGGAGUAUUCAAAUCAGUAAUGGAAAUUAUCGUUUAAGAAACGUAAAGAAUAAAUUACUGACGUUAACUAAGAAGAAAAAUUGCAUUUAUUUUAAUCGAUUUGGAAAAUGUCAUCGUGGUGAUAAAUGUCCAUUUAUACAUGAUCGCACUCGAAUAGCUGUUUGCACACAAUUUUUAAAUGGACGUUGUAAAAAUUCUUCUUGUCUUUAUUCUCAUGAAUUAACACCGGGUAAAGUUCCAACAUGUUCCUAUUUUAUAAAAGGUGCUUGUGGUCAAGAUAAUUGUCCCUAUGCGCAUUCGUACGUUGGACAUGAUGCUCAAAUAUGUGAAGAUUUUGUUCAAGGAUUUUGUGCAAAAGCAACAGAGUGUGCGAAACAACAUGUUCUACUAUGUCCUCAUUUUGAAUCAACGGGCCGGUGUCCUCGUGGAAAACAUUGUCAUUUAACUCAUCGACGUAAACGAAACGAAAAUAAUAUUUUGAAAAUCAAGUCUAAACCGGUUGAAGAAUCAUUUCUACUUUCAAAUGUGAUGCCAGCUUAUAUACCACUAAAUCGAGAAAUUGAAAAGAAAUCACCACACAUUGAGUUAAAAUUAAAACCUAGCUUUUUAUCUUAG